CAUGCUUUAAAAAGCUUAAGUAUGAGGGAGCAUCUCUUUAUUGUCACAGUUGUCGAGAUGUCAAACAGACAGGUAUUUGGCGGUACAUGUUAAAAUUAAUGGUGAAGCAUAGUAAGCAUUUUGUUGAGGUAGUUAUGUGGGAUGAUGUUUCAAGUAAGCUAAUUGGCAAACCAGCAGAUGAUCUAAGUGACAGUCUUAGCUUGGAGACUUUAUCGCCUUCUGAUGUUCAUAAUGAUGUCUUGGAUUUGAUUGGCCGGGAAUUCAUAUUCAAAGUUGGGAAUCGGAAAUUCAAUACCCUUACAAAUCAGAAUGAGUAUACA